UUUUUUUUUUGGACCGAAUAAGGACCGUUCUCCAGCCCCCCGCUCUCCGAUUUCCUUUCCGACCCCGGCGUCCCCCGCCUGUCUCUCUGCGUCUCACUUCACCAGGUCCGUUCUGGUGCACACUAAUUUGUAAGGCUGGAGGUUCUCGAGCGCUUGCUGCCAAGGACUCCCCCUCCCCCUCCCCCCCAGAUGGAGUCCGAACUGCUGCAGUCGCCCCCGCUGGGACUCGGGGAGGACGACGAGGCCGACCUCACCGACUGGAAUCUGCCUUUGGCUUUUAUGAAAAAGAGGCACUGUGAGAAAAUUGAAGGCUCCAAGUCCUUAGCUCAGAGCUGGAGGAUGAAGGACCGGAUGAAGACAGUGAGUGUGGCCCUAGUUCUGUGCCUGAACGUUGGUGUGGACCCUCCAGAUGUGGUGAAGACCACGCCCUGUGCACGCUUGGAGUGCUGGAUUGAUCCUCUGUCCAUGGGUCCUCAGAAAGCUCUGGAAACCAUCGGUGCAAAUUUACAGAAGCAGUAUGAAAACUGGCAGCCACGGGCCCGGUACAAGCAGAGCCUCGACCCCACUGUGGAUGAAGUCAAGAAGCUGUGCACAUCGCUGCGCCGGAAUGCCAAGGAGGAGCGGGUCCUCUUCCACUACAAUGGCCACGGCGUGCCCAGGCCCACGGUGAACGGCGAGGUUUGGGUCUUCAACAAGAACUACACUCAGUACAUCCCUCUGUCCAUAUAUGACCUGCAGACGUGGAUGGGCAGUCCUUCCAUCUUCGUCUACGACUGCUCCAAUGCCGGCCUGAUUGUCAAGUCCUUCAAGCAGUUCGCACUGCAGAGGGAGCAGGAGCUAGAGGUAGCCGCGAUUAACCCAAACCACCCCCUCGCCCAGAUGCCCCUGCCCCCAUCGAUGAAGAACUGCAUCCAGCUGGCGGCCUGCGAGGCCCACGAGCUCCUGCCCAUGAUCCCCGACCUCCCAGCCGACCUGUUCACGUCCUGCCUCACCACCCCCAUCAAGAUUGCCCUGCGCUGGUUUUGCAUGCAGAAGUGUGUCAGCCUGGUGCCUGGAGUCACCCUGGAUUUGAUAGAAAAGAUUCCCGGCCGGCUGAACGACAGGAGGACUCCUCUGGGCGAGCUGAACUGGAUCUUCACCGCAAUCACAGACACCAUCGCGUGGAAUGUGCUUCCCCGGGAUCUCUUCCAAAAGCUCUUCAGACAGGACCUACUGGUGGCAAGUCUAUUUCGAAAUUUUUUAUUGGCAGAAAGAAUCAUGAGAUCAUAUAACUGCACCCCUGUCAGCAGCCCCCGCCUCCCGCCGACUUACAUGCAUGCCAUGUGGCAGGCCUGGGACCUCGCGGUGGACAUUUGCCUCUCCCAGCUGCCCACCAUCAUCGAGGAAGGCACUGCGUUCAGGCACAGCCCGUUCUUUGCGGAGCAGCUGACUGCCUUCCAGGUGUGGCUCACCAUGGGCGUGGAGAACAGAAGCCCCCCGGAGCAACUUCCCAUCGUUUUACAGGUGCUGCUGAGCCAGGUGCACCGCCUGAGAGCCUUGGACUUGCUGGGAAGGUUUCUGGACUUGGGUCCCUGGGCGGUGAGCCUGGCCCUGUCGGUGGGCAUCUUCCCCUACGUACUGAAGCUGCUCCAGAGCUCAGCCCGAGAGCUGCGGCCACUCCUCGUCUUCAUCUGGGCCAAGAUCCUCGCUGUGGACAGCUCAUGCCAAGCUGACCUCGUGAAGGACAACGGUCACAAGUACUUCCUCUCCGUCCUGGCAGACCCCUACAUGCCAGCUGAACAUCGGACCAUGACGGCUUUCAUUCUUGCUGUGAUUGUCAACAGCUACACCACCGGGCAAGAGGCCUGCCUACAGGGGAACCUGAUCGCCAUCUGCCUGGAGCAGCUCAGCGACCCGCACCCCCUGCUCCGCCAGUGGGUGGCCAUCUGCUUGGGGAGGAUCUGGCAGAACUUUGACUCCGCGAGGUGGUGUGGGGUGCGGGACAGCGCCCACGAGAAGCUCUGCAGCCUCCUGUCCGACCCCAUCCCCGAGGUCCGCUGUGCAGCUGUCUUUGCCCUUGGCACCUUCGUGGGCAACUCUGCCGAGAGGACAGACCACUCCACCACCAUCGACCACAACGUGGCCAUGAUGCUGGCGCAGCUGAUCAACGACGGGAGCCCCAUGGUCCGGAAGGAGCUGGUGGUGGCUCUGAGCCACCUCGUUGUUCAGUACGAGAGCAACUUCUGCACUGUGGCCCUGCAGUUCAUGGAAGAGGAAAAGAACUACCCCCUGCCUUCCCCGGCGGCCACAGAGGGUGGGAGCUUGACCCCAGUGCGAGACAGCCCAUGCACCCCCAGACUUCGCUCUGUGAGCUCCUAUGGGAACAUCCGAGCCGUCACCACAGCCAGGAGCCUGAACAAAUCCUUGCAGAAUCUCAGCUUGACGGAAGAAUCGGGCAGCUCCGUGGCGUUCUCCCCGGGGAACCUGAGCACCAGCAGCAGCACCAGCAGCACUCUGGGCAGCCCUGAGAACGAGGAGUACAUCCUGUCCUUCGAGGUCAUCGACAAGAUGCGCCGUGUCAGCUCCUACUCGGCCCUCAACUCCCUCAUAGGUGUUUCUUUCAAUAGUGUCUACACUCAGAUUUGGAGAGUCUUAUUGCAUCUGGCGGCUGAUCCCUAUCCAGAUGUUUCUGAUUUGGCCAUGAAGGUGCUCAACAGCAUCGCCUACAAGGCCACGAUGAACGCCCGGCCGCAGCGCAUCCUGGACACCUCCUCGCUCACGCAGUCGGCCCCCGCCAGCCCGACCAACAAGGGCAUGAACAUCCACCAGGCCGGCGGCUCCCCGCCUGCCUCCAGCACCAGCAGCUGCAGCCUGACCAACGACGUGGCCAAGCAGCCCGUCAGCCGAGACCUGCCCUCCGGCCGCGCCGGCCCCUCGGGCCCCGCGGGCGCACAGUACACGCCCCACUCCCACCAGUUCCCCCGCACACGGAAGAUGUUCGACAAGGGCCCGGAUCAGACGGCAGAGGACGCUGACGAGGCUGCCGGACACAAAAGCUUCAUCUGCGCCACCAUGCAGACUGGCUUCUGCGACUGGAGCUCCCGGUACUUCGCCCAGCCUGUCAUGAAGAUCCCCGAAGAGCACGACCUGGAGAGUCAGAUCCGCAAGGAGCGGGAGUGGCGGUUCCUGAGGAACACGCGCGUGCGCAAGCAGGCCCAGCAGGUCAUCCAGAAGGGCAUCACCAGACUGGACGACCAGAUCUUCCUGAACAGGAACCCCGGCGUCCCCUCCGUGGUCAAGUUUCACCCCUUCACGCCGUGUAUAGCCGUGGCCGACAAGGACAGCAUCUGCUUUUGGGACUGGGAGAAAGGGGAGAAGCUGGACUACUUCCACAAUGGGAACCCGCGCUACACGAGGGUCACCGCCAUGGAGUACCUGAACGGCCAGGACUGCUCGCUCCUGCUGACAGCCACAGAUGACGGCGCCAUCAGGGUCUGGAAGAAUUUCGCUGAUCUGGAAAAAAACCCGGAAAUGGUGACUGCCUGGCAGGGCCUCUCAGACAUGCUGCCAACAACGCGAGGAGCAGGGAUGGUAGUGGACUGGGAGCAGGAGACCGGCCUCCUCAUGAGCUCUGGCGACGUGCGGAUCGUCCGCAUCUGGGACACGGACCGCGAGACCAAGGUGCAGGACAUCCCCACGGGUGCCGACAGCUGCGUGACCAGUCUGUCCUGCGACUCCCACCGCUCGCUCAUCGUGGCUGGCCUGGGCGACGGCUCCAUCCGCGUCUACGACAGAAGGAUGGCGCUCAGCGAAUGCCGAGUCAUGACGUACCGGGAGCACACGGCCUGGGUGGUGAAGGCGUACCUGCAGAAGCACCCGGAAGGCCACAUUGUGAGCGUGAGUGUCAAUGGCGACGUGCGCUUCUUUGACCCUCGGAUGCCGGAGUCUGUGAACGUGCUGCAGAUCGUGAAGGGGCUGACAGCCCUGGACAUUCACCCCCAGGCAAACCUGAUCGCAUGCGGCUCCGUGAACCAGUUCACCGCCAUCUACAACGGCAACGGCGAGCUGAUCAACAACAUCAAGUACUAUGACGGGUUCAUGGGCCAGCGGGUCGGCGCCAUCAGCUGCCUGGCCUUCCACCCCCACUGGCCUCACCUGGCCGUGGGAAGCAACGACUACUACAUCUCGGUGUACUCGGUGGAGAAGCGCGUCAGGUAGCCGCGUGUGGCCCCGCAGGCCGCAGCCGCCCUCACUGUACAUAGCGACCCGGCUGGGCGCACCGUGCUGCUUCGUGUCUUGGCGGCGUUGUCCCGAGCGUCGGGGAAGGAGCGCGGCUGACGGCACCAGGACCUCGCGGGCGUAGUGCGUGUGCCGUGCCCCCGUCUGCCCCGUGGGGCGCGUCUGCUGUGCUUUUCAUAGAAUCAGAGCCUUGGGCCUGGCAGAGAAGCCGCGCGGGCCCUGAUCCUGACAGCCCACCGUCCUCUCCAGACCAGGAGCAGGAGCCCCCAGAGCAGCUGGACAGCGCUGGAGGGGCGGGGGAAGGGAGAUGUCGCCCCACGCACCCCGGCACCCUGAGGGCUGCGGUGGCGCGGCCCCCCCCCCACCACGCCCUUCGCGGGGAGGCUCCUGGCCGGCGCCCGGCCCACGGCCCACCUCGCCCGCACGCCACCCUGUCCCUCUGCUGCGCCAUGCACACGUGCGCGUGCAUGCCGCCACGGUCCCCGCCAUGCCCACGCGUGGGUGUGCACACGCAAGGCACCCUGCUCUCCCCACCCGUGCACACCCCGCCGCAGCGCAUGCAGGGGGCCCGGGGCGCCGGAGGCUGUGGGCUGCAGUCUCGUGGCAGCAGAGCUCCGCCUCUGGCCGGGGCGUCUGGGGGCGCGAGUGCAGGCUGGGGAGCCGUGGGCGCGCGUGCGCGGGCCCUGCGGAGGGCCCGGCCACCACGACGAUGGUGUUCCAGGAGCGUUGUCCACUCUCUUUGUGAAUCAGGAUCUCAGAGGAGGAAUGAGGCGGCUUGAUGGACGCUGCCGGGGCGGGCUGGAGGAGGCAGGAGACGGGGGAUGAAGGCGGCCUGGGCGGCACCGCAGACCUGCCUCAGAGAAGCCAGGGACCCGGCCCCUCGUGCUGCCGUUCUGUGGUGCGGAGUCCACCCCCAGCACUGGGCAGACCCAGGGCCCGGUGGAGCGGGAGGUGGAGCAGGACAGAGGAGGGAACUAGGAAGCCAGGGCCCGACAGGAGGCCACGGGGUGCGUGCGGCCCCUCCCCCCAGCAGUGUGGGGGGUCGUCCCCUGCUCCGCUCUGCGGGGUGUCCAGUGGGAACCUUCCGGAAGCAGAGCUGUGCCCACAGACGCCAAGCACUGGGGCCAUAGCUGGCCAUCCUCACCUGGUCUGUCUCCAGGCAGAGCCUCUGCCGGCCACGCGCAGUUGGCCUCAAGAUCGGGGGGGGGGGGUCCCCCCUCCCACCCCUCCCCCACCGCCCAGCGCGCAUCGGGCCCCUCCUGCUCCGUCUCCACUGGUCUGAUGCGAAAACUCAAUCAUGAAGUUAACCAAGGCUCGAAAGAGCCCUGACCUAGAGUUUGUUAUCUCUAUUUAUUUUACCAAAAUGAGAGUUGAAAGGGACUGGCAAGACAUGGACUUCAGAUGCGAGACUAAGCAGCGGCCAACAGCGUGUUGUUAAUAAAGAGUAAACAAGU